GGUCAAAAGGUUUUUGUCCCGGAACCCCAACCUCGCUCCCCAAACCCUGGGGGCGCACCCUUGUCUGUGGCCUCCGUCCUCUGAGCUGCGCUUCCCCAUGACUUGGAUAUUCCAGAUUGCAUCGGGUUACUAGAGGUGCUUGGGGAAGAUGGGAGGCUCUUCUUCCAAGAGCCAGGAGCCUCUCUGGCCGCCGGCGCCCCUUCUCUUCUGCUCCGGAGGAGCCUUCCUGGCGGUUCUGGUGCUGCUCGCGCUGCCGGCAGCCUGGGGUCAAUGUAAAGCCCCACCUUACCUCCAAACAGCCAAGCCUACAAGGCUGACUGAUGAGGAUGAGUUUCCCAUCGGAACGUCUUUGCAGUAUGAAUGCCGCCCUGGUUACCAGAAGAGAACUUUCGUUAUCACCUGCCUCAAAAAUUCAGUCUGGUCAAAACCUGCUCUAAACUGUUCACGUAAAUCGUGUGGAUCUCCUCCAGAACUCAUAAAUGGCAAAAUGGAAAUAACUGGAGGCACCCAGUUUGGAUCAAUUAUUAAUUAUUCUUGUAAUGAAGGAUACCGACUCAUUGGUGAAUCCUCUACUGCAUGCAUCAUCGUAGGCAAUAGUGUCGCUUGGGAUAAUAAAGUACCCGUUUGUAAGAGUAUUGAAUGUGAGCCCCCCCCAGCCAUCGCCCACGGAGAUUACAAUAACAUCAACGGAGAGCACUUUCCCUACGGAACGGUGGUGACCUAUCACUGCAUUUCUGGAACGAGAAGGCCAAAGUUUGUCCUCGUGGGCGAGAAGUCAAUACACUGCACCAGCGAAGACAAUCAUUCCGGCACCUGGAGCGGCCCUCCGCCUCAGUGCCUCGUACCUAAUACAUGCUCGCCUCCAGACGUUGAAAACGGAAUAAGGGAGUCCGAGAACAGAAGCUUCUUCCCCUUAAAUGAAGUCGUGAGGUUCAGGUGUCAGCCUGGCUUUGUGCUGAAAGGGCCCUCCAGCGUGCGAUGCCAGGCCCAGAACAGAUGGGAGCCGGAGUUGCCCAGCUGCCUCCGCGUGUGCCAGCCGCCUCCAGCAAUCCUGCAUGGUAAGCGCACCCUAAGCGACAAGGCCAACUUUUCCCCCGGGCAGGAAGUGUUCUACAGCUGUGAGCCCGGCUACGACCUCAGAGGGGCUGCCUCUCUGCGCUGUACGCCCCAGGGGGACUGGAGCCCCGCAGCCCCCAGAUGUGCAGUGAAAUCAUGUGCUGACUUCCGGGACCCACUCCCCAAUGGCCGUGUGCUCUUUCCACUCAGUCUCGAGCUUGGGGCAAAAGUGUCCUUCGUUUGUGAUGAGGGAUUCCACCUAAAAGGCAGCCCUGCUAGUCACUGUGUCUUGGUCGGGAUGGAGAGCCGUUGGAAUAGCAGCGUCCCUGUGUGUGAACGAAUCUUAUGUCCAGAUCCCCCCGAUAUCCUUAAUGGAAGACACACAGGAAAAUCUCUGGAAAUCUUUCCUUAUGGAAAAGAAGUAACUUACCUGUGUGACCACCACGCAGACAGAGGGGCGACGUUCGAUCUCAUUGGGGAGAGCACCAUCCGCUGCACCAGUGACGGUCACGGGAACGGGAUGUGGAGCGGCCCUGCCCCUCGCUGUGGACCUCCAGGAUACUGUAAUGACCCAGGCCAUUUUCAUUUUGCUAAGCUGAAGACCCAAACGAACGGGUCUGAGUUUCCUGUCGGGACAUCAUUAACGUAUGAAUGCCUCCCGGGGUACAUUCGGAGGUCAUUCUCCAUCAGAUGUCAAGACAACCUGGAGUGGUCAAGUGCCAAGGAUGCCUGUAAACGUAAAGUGUGUCCAACUCCUCCAGAUCCAAUGAAUGGCAUAGUACACAUAGACACAGACACCCACUUUGGAUCCAGAAUUAACUAUUCCUGUAAUACAGGGUUUCAUCUCAUUGGUCAGCCGUCGGCCAGAUGCAUCAUCUCAGGUAACACUGUCACUUGGGAGACGGAGCCACCACUCUGUGAAAUUAUCUAUUGUAGACCACCCCCAGCCAUCGCCCACGGAGAUUACAAUAACAUCAACAGAGAGUACUUUCCCUACGGAACGGUGGUGACCUAUCACUGCAUUUCUGGAACGAGAAGGCCAAAGUUUGUCCUCGUGGGCGAGAAGUCAAUACGCUGCACCAGCGAAGACAAUCAUUCCGGCACCUGGAGCGGCCCUCCGCCUCAGUGCCUCGUACCUAAUACAUGCUCGCCUCCAGACGUUGAAAACGGAAUAAGGGAGUCCGAGAACAGAAGCUUCUUCCCCUUAAAUGAAGUCGUGAGGUUCAGGUGUCAGCCUGGCUUUGUGCUGAAAGGGCCCUCCAGCGUGCGAUGCCAGGCCCAGAACAGAUGGGAGCCGGAGUUGCCCAGCUGCCUCCGCGUGUGCCAGCCGCCUCCAGCAAUCCUGCAUGGUAAGCGCACCCUAAGCGACAAGGCCAACUUUUCCCCCGGGCAGGAAGUGUUCUACAGCUGUGAGCCCGGCUACGACCUCAGAGGGGCUGCCUCUCUGCGCUGUACGCCCCAGGGGGACUGGAGCCCCGCAGCCCCCAGAUGUGCAGUGAAAUCAUGUGCUGACUUCCGGGACCCACUCCCCAAUGGCCGUGUGCUCUUUCCACUCAGUCUCGAGCUUGGGGCAAAAGUGUCCUUCGUUUGUGAUGAGGGAUUCCACCUAAAAGGCAGCCCUGCUAGUCACUGUGUCUUGGUCGGGAUGGAGAGCCGUUGGAAUAGCAGCGUCCCUGUGUGUGAACGAAUCUUAUGUCCAGAUCCCCCCGAUAUCCUUAAUGGAAGACACACAGGAAAAUCUCUGGAAAUCUUUCCUUAUGGAAAAGAAGUAACUUACCUGUGUGACCACCACGCAGACAGAGGGGCGACGUUCGAUCUCAUUGGGGAGAGCACCAUCCGCUGCACCAGUGACGGUCACGGGAACGGGAUGUGGAGCGGCCCUGCCCCUCGCUGUGGACCUCCAGGAUACUGUAAUGACCCAGGCCAUUUUCAUUUUGCUAAGCUGAAGACCCAAACGAACGGGUCUGAGUUUCCUGUCGGGACAUCAUUAACGUAUGAAUGCCUCCCGGGGUACAUUCGGAGGUCAUUCUCCAUCAGAUGUCAAGACAACCUGGAGUGGUCAAGUGCCAAGGAUGCCUGUAAACGUAAAGUGUGUCCAACUCCUCCAGAUCCAAUGAAUGGCAUGGUACACAUAGACACAGACACCCACUUUGGAUCCAGAAUUAACUUUUCCUGUAAUACAGGGUUUCAUCUCAUUGGUCAGCCGUCGGCCAGAUGCAUCAUCUCAGGUAACACUGUCACUUGGGAGACGGAGCCACCACUCUGUGAAACUAUCCAUUGUAGACCACCCCCAGCCAUCGCCCACGGAGAUUACAAUAACAUCAACGGAGAGCACUUUCCCUACGGAACGGUGGUGACCUAUCACUGCAUUUCUGGAACGAGAAGGCCAAAGUUUGUCCUCGUGGGCGAGAAGUCAAUACGCUGCACCAGCGAAGACAAUCAUUCCGGCACCUGGAGCGGCCCUCCGCCUCAGUGCCUCGUACCUAAUACAUGCUCGCCUCCAGACGUUGAAAACGGAAUAAGGGAGUCCGAGAACAGAAGCUUCUUCCCCUUAAAUGAAGUCGUGAGGUUCAGGUGUCAGCCUGGCUUUGUCCUGAAAGGGCCCUCCAGCGUGCGAUGCCAGGCCCAGAACAGAUGGGAGCCGGAGUUGCCCAGCUGCCUCCGCGUGUGCCAGCCGCCUCCAGCAAUCCUGCAUGGUAAGCGCACCCUAAGCGACAAGGCCAACUUUUCCCCCGGGCAGGAAGUGUUCUACAGCUGUGAGCCCGGCUACGACCUCAGAGGGGCUGCCUCUCUGCGCUGUACGCCCCAGGGGGACUGGAGCCCCGCAGCCCCCAGAUGUGCAGUGAAAUCAUGUGCUGACUUCCGGGACCCACUCCCCAAUGGCCGUGUGCUCUUUCCACUCAGUCUCGAGCUUGGGGCAAAAGUGUCCUUCGUUUGUGAUGAGGGGUUUCAUUUAAAGGGAAGUUCUUCUAGUUACUGUGUCUUGCGCGGAACGAAAAGCUUUUGGAGUAACAGGGCUCCUGUGUGUGAACAAAUCUUCUGUACCAAUCCUCCAGCUCUCCUUAACGGGAGACACACGGCAGCGUCUCUGAGAAACAUUCCCUACGGAAAAGAAAUAUCUUAUACAUGUGACCCCCACUCAGGCAGAGGGAUGACCUUCCAUCUCAUUGGGGAGAGCACCAUCCGCUGCACAAGUGACGGUCGAGGGAACGGGAUUUGGAGCGGCCCAGCCCCUCGCUGUGAACUUUCUGUUCCUCUUGGUCACUGUAAAGCUCCAGAACGAUUUCUAUUUGCCAAACCUACAUCCCUAACUGAUGGGUCUGAGUUUCCAGUUGGGUCAUCUUUGAGCUACAAAUGCUCCCCUGGGUAUUCUGAGAAUAUAUUCUCUAUCACCUGCUUAGAAAAUUUGGUCUGGUCAAGUGCCGAAGGUAUCUGUACACGAAAAUCAUGUGGAACUCCACCAAAACCCAUCAAUGGCAUGGUGCAUAUAAAGACAGAUACCCACUUUGGAUCAACAGUUCAUUAUUCUUGUAAUGAAGGGUAUCGACUCAUUGGCUCCCCUUCUGCUGCUUGUCUCCUCUCGGGCAGUAAGGUCACUUGGGAUAAGGACGUACCUGUUUGUGAGAAAAUCUUCUGUACCAAUCCUCCAGCUGUCCUUAAUGGGAAACACACAGGAGCAUCUCUGAGAAACAUUCCGUAUGGAGAAGAAAUAUCUUAUACGUGUGACCCCCACACAGACAGAGGGAUGACCUUCCAUCUCAUUGGGGAGAGCACCAUCCGCUGCACAAGUGACGGUCGAGGGAACGGGAUUUGGAGCGGCCCAGCCCCUCGCUGUGAACUUUCCUGGUCUGCGGUAUGCCCAUCUCCGCCCAAGAUUCACAAUGGACAUCACACUGGAGGGGAUGCAUCUCCAUAUCUUCCUGGGACAAAAGUCAACUACGCUUGUGACCUAGGCUACCUGUUGGUGGGCAAAUCCUACAUUUUCUGUACACACGAAGGGACCUGGAGCCAAACUGACCAAUAUUGCAAAGAGGUAAAAUGUAGCCUCCCACAGUUUAUGAGUGGAAUCCGGAAGGAGCUGGAAAUGAGCAAAGAAUUUCAAUACGGAGAAAAUGUAACCUUGGAGUGUAAAGAUGGGUAUACUCUGGAAGGCAGUCCCUGGAGCCAGUGCCAGGCGAAUAACAGAUGGGACCCUCCUCUGGCCACGUGUACACCUCGUAAGUACAAGAGCAAGUGCAAGGAUUGUAGGUCCUUCUCAGCCGUGGUACUGUUCAUUCAUUCAUUCAUUCACAGUCUCAGCAAAUGAGCUGUGGUGCUUCCAGCA